AUGUUAGCCUUGAGGGCGGUGCAAAGACAAGCUGCGGCUUCAAGAUCAGCGAGUCCUUUGAUGAGGGUGCAACAUGGCUCGACCGGUGGCUUGCCAAGGGUGAUGUUGAGUAGCCCGUUGAGCACGUUGGCGCAGACUCCAAGUUUAAGGGCGUCUCUAGGGCAUUUGGCUGUGGCAGGGCUAGGGCUUGGGGUUGGUUUGGGUUUAGGGUUAGGUUUUGGCUUGGGCGAGGGAGUAGGUUUUGGCUUGGGAGAAGGGCAACCACAGUUACCGCAGGCAGAGAUUGUUGUGAAGAAGAGGAUGUUGAGAAUCAAGAAAAGGGCUAAAAAGCGUGUGCUUCUUGAAGCCAUUGUUAAAUUUCUCGUUUGUUUAGAGAGAAAAGAGACUUCAGAAGAAGCGUACUUCUUUACUAUGGUGUGUGAAUUGGGAUGA